GAGAGAGAGAGAGAGAGAGAGAGAUAUAGGGUUUGUGGGUUAUGGAUGUGCUCUUUUAGGGCUUGUGGGUGAUGGAUCUAUGGCUGCUGAUAAAAAGCUUCUGGCUCGUCGUAUGUCCCUGAAGCUCAAUCAGAUUGCAAAAUUGUAGUUUUGGAACCACCCUAUAAAUCAGUCAACAUGUUUCAGCCAGACAUGUUUGAUAGUCACCAUCAUUUCCUGGAUACGACACACAAAUCACCCGAAAAUGAGAUGGAUACGAUACGAGAUGAUGAAUUUGAGAGCAAAUCGGGCACCGAUAUCAUGGAAGCCCCCUCAGGUGAUGAUCAAAAUCCCAAUCAACGAAACAAAAGGAAGCGAUAUCAUCGUCAUACUCAGCAUCAAAUUCAAGAAAUGGAAGCUUUCUUCAAAGAGUGCCCUCAUCCUGAUGAUAAGCAAAGGAAGGAACUCGGCCGACAAUUAGGGUUAGAGCCAUUGCAAAUAAAAUUUUGGUUCCAAAACAAGCGCACACAAAUGAAGUCUCAACAUGAACGCCAUGAGAACACACAGCUGAGGACUGAAAAUGAGAAGCUUCGAGCGGAGAACAUACGGUACAAAGAAGCCCUUAGUAAUGCUGCUUGUCCAAACUGUGGAGGACCAGCUGCUAUUGGGGAGAUGUCAUUUGACGAGCAGCAUUUGAGGAUUGAGAAUGCUCGUUUAAGAGAGGAGAUUGACAGAAUAUCAGGAAUUGCUGCAAAAUAUGUUGGGAAGCCUAUGCUCACAUAUCCUCAUCUUCCUCCUCAUGGACCACCACGGUCACUUGAUCUUGGAGUAGGCAAUUUCGGAACACAGUCGGACCUGGUAGGGGAGAUAUAUGGAGCGGGUGACCUUCUUCGGUCGGUGUCGGGCCUUACUGAGGCAGACAAGCCAUUGAUCAUUGAGCUGGCUGUUGCAGCAAUGGAGGAACUGAUCAGAAUGGCCCAAGAUGGUGAGCCCUUAUGGAUGCCAAGCGUAGAUAACUUUACUGAGACUUUAAGUGAGGAUGAGUACUUGCGGACUUUUCCUCGAGGGAUCGGACCAAAACCAUUGGGAUCAAAAUCCGAAGCUUCAAGAGAAUGUGCAGUUGUUAUUAUGAAUCAUAUCAACCUAGUUGAAAUUUUAAUGGAUGUGAAUCAAUGGUCAAAUGUGUUCUCCGGUAUCAUUUCAAGAGCAAUGACCUUGGAGGUCUUAUCUACGGGAGUAGCAGGGAACUACAAUGGAGCUCUGCAAGUGAUGACAGCUGAGUUCCAGGUCCCUUCACCGCAUGUUCCAACUCGCGAGAACUAUUUUGCAAGGUACUGUAAACAACAUUCUGAUGGAACAUGGGCUGUGGUCGAUGUUUCCCUGGACAAUCUGCACCCUACUUCAGCAUCCCGGUGUAGAAGAAGGCCAUCCGGUUGUUUGAUUCAAGAACUGCCCAAUGGUUACUCUAAGGUUACAUGGGUUGAGCAUGUGGAAGUGGAUGAUAUAGCUGUUCACAAUCUCUACAGACUGCUCGUUAAUUCAAGUCUUGCUUUUGGGGCGAAACGUUGGGUGGCCACAUUGGAUCGACAGUGUGAAAGAUUCGCAAGUGCAAUGGCUAAUAACAUUUCAGCCGGAGAUGUUGGUGUCAUAACAUCUCCAGAAGGGAGGAAAAGUAUGUUGAAGCUAGCUGAGAGAAUGGUGAUGAGCUUUUGCACUGGUGUUGGCGCUUCAACUGCACACACAUGGACGACUUUAUCAGAAAGUGGUUCGGAUGAUGUGAGGGUCAUGACCAGAAAGAGUAUGGAUGAUCCAGGCAGGCCACCUGGUAUUGUGCUAAGUGCCGCGACUUCAUUUUGGCUUCCGGUUCCAAGAAAGAGAGUUUUUGAUUUUCUUCGCGAUGAGAACUCACGAAAUGAGUGGGACAUACUUUCAAAUGGUGGUCUAGUUCAAGAAAUGGCGCAUAUUGCUAACGGUCGUGACCCAGGCAACUGUGUCUCUCUACUGCGUGUUAAUAGUGCUAACUCAAGCCAGAGCAACAUGCUGAUAUUACAAGAGAGUUGCACCGAUUCUACAGGCUCUUAUGUUGUAUACGCUCCUGUUGAUAUCGUAGCAAUGAAUGUGGUCUUAAGUGGUGGUGACCCAGACUACGUUGCCCUCCUACCAUCUGGCUUUGCUAUACUCCCCGAUGGACCUGGACAUCAGGGAGGAGGAAUUCCUGAGGUUGGGUCUGGUGGAUCGCUACUGACUGUUGCAUUUCAGAUAUUAGUUGAUUCUGUUCCAACUGCAAAACUUUCUCUUGGAUCUGUAGCAACCGUUAACAGCCUCAUCAAGUGCACAGUUGAAAGGAUCAAAGGUGCAGUAGCAUGCGAAAAUGCAUAACCAAAAAGUGUUGAAUUUAAGGGAAGGGAAUAAGAAAGCAAAGAAGGCUGUGUCUACUCUGGAUGUGUGACCAAGAGAAGAAGUCAAGAACGCACCUUACAUGAUCCUUGCUCUUGCACUUUGGUGUUGGCAAAGAAGCAUCACCCUGCAAGGGAAAUAGGUUCGGGUAUUGACUUACCCAAUUACAGUCGAAGUAAACCAAAGACCUUCUCACAUAACCCAAAAAUUCCUUCCCUGCUAUGGUUCUCUUAUCGUAUGCUUGUCUUUCGAAAAAUGUUGUAGUUGGUAGAUUGUGGAAGCUUACUCUUCCUAACAGAUAAUGGUUUCUUUUUGACAUCGUUUUAGUUUUCGAAAAAAUAUUUAUCUUUUGGGUGUCGCUUUUGAUUUUGGGAUGUUAAUCAAACCAGCAGCUUCAUUAGUCCACUGUUUAGUUCUGUGAAUUCAUGUUCACCAAACUUAUUAACCAAACUCUUGGCUAAAUUAUGCUAUCAACUCUUGUUUAAUCUUCUUCACUAGCAUGAAAAAUCAAAGCUCAAGGUUAAGUAGGCAAAAUUAGAAGCCAAGCUUUGAACAAAAGGCACUAGAUUAAUUACCAUAUUAUUGAGGUGUUAGUGGGAAGUAUACGUCUUUCGAAAACUCGAGAACGUAAAAAAGAAAGGAAAAACAGUUAACAGCAAAGAAACUAGGAAAGAAGUAUAGACAGACAGAGUUAAAGGCACUUAAAAAAUAGUUCCAACCUCAAAUCUACAAAUACAUUCCCUUCACCCUUUAUUUUCUUUCACCGUUCUCCAUUUACCCUACCUUCAAAUAUAAGAGAUAUCAUAAGAUACCACUG